ACAGACGGACAGCACGGCGGCGUCUCUUGGACCAAUUAGGGGCCAGCUGAGCGUGUUUUCUGGGCGGCCUCUGCUGUCUCUCUCUCCGCCAGUACAGCCAGCAGCAGCGGGACAAACAGUACCGGACACACACUGACAGCCUCAACAUGGGGUCGUCCCGGGCUCUGGUCUGCUCAACAGCGUUUAUCUUGGUUUUACUAAGCUCAGCAUCCGAGGAUCAGCACAUGUUCGAGCAGCGUGAGAUCACCUUUGACCUUGACGAAUUCAUGCAAGAGAUUAUUCCAGAUCAUUUCAUACAGAAAGAGAAGGACUUUUCUGACCUCCUUGAUCCCAAAGAGUUCCCCAUAGAGCAGGUAAUGAUGACUCCACCCAAUUUGCACGAUAUCCAGAGAGAGAGAGGGAGCUCCAGACCAGGAAGCUUGGCACCAAGCGGACGUCGACCAGGUUUUGGGCCCCGUUCCUUUGGGGGGCCUCCGAUGCUGGAGUAUCCCGUUCAGUUCCCCCUUAGCCGUCCAACCUCUGACAAUCUUCAAGCCAUCUGUGUAUUUGGAGACCGUCGUCCCCGCUACCCAGACUCCUACUUUCCAUCUUCCGGUUUCGGCAAGCUGAAGCGAAUGGCAAGUGCUGUCAACAUGGCUGAGUCCUGGUUCGGCACGUGCUGCAAAGGAAACCAGACUUGGGAGAGAGGGGUCACGCUUUGUUGCGCCACAAAGGCAUGGGAGCUGUCAGUCAAAAUGUUCUGUGAGGAGGACUCAUCAGUAAAGGAUCGUCUUUAUGACUGCUGCAGAUUAAGGGGUAGUGACCAGCUAAGUUGCUUCAACAACAACGCUCCAAAUCCAAACUACGAGGCAACAGAAGAGCUGCCGGUGCCAGAGCUGUCCUCUGCUGACAGCUUUGACUUUGACCCCAGCACUUGCCAGAGGCCGGUGAUGACUCCUUAUAGUGUCAGAGGAAGCAGACAGAAGAAGAUGAAGAAACCACUUGCUUCCCAGAAAGCUGACAUCAACUUUCCUCCUGGACGUCCGACUGUGGAUGUCAUCGAACAACUCUGCCAAAACCAAAAGCUGCGUCCUCUCUAUAAUGUCAAGUGUCUGCCAGGUUCAGGCUAUGAACUGGUGGCUCGUCAGGCCAAGACCAUUAAUCGUAUAGAAAAAGGAUUCAAACAGUGCUGCAAACAGAAUCAGAAUACAUUCAACUGUGCUGAUCGGAAGUGGCGAGAGGAGCUUGACAAGUUUUGCAGGAGUGAACAGGUGAAUUCCAACUGUUGUACCGCAGGCGAGGCAAAUGAUCGAUACAACUGUUUCCAAAGCAUUUCUCCAGACCCAUAUUUUAAUAAGACCUCUGCCUCAGAAGUGCUCUCACUUCACAGAAUCUGUGACACCCACAAGAUCAUCAAGAAAAAGUUCCCUGUUGGUUUUCCUCUCAAGAGCUUUGUUCACCAAUGCUGCCCCCUGACUCUACAAAAAGAGUCCAACUGUUUUGAUCAAGUGCUCAAGCAAAUAUCAGGGGACCUGUGCUCAUCAAGGAAGCCGUCUCCUCCAGCUGUUCGCCGUUGUUGCCACAAGCCUUCUCCACAAAAUGCUCCAGACUGCAUCUCAGAUAUUCUCAUGGAUGCCAUCACCAAAGCAACGAAUGCCUUACGUCAUAAGAAGAAGAAGAAGUGCCCCCUCUCCUAAACCUGUGUGGCCUCUUGCUGCUGACCCCUCUGACACUGAGAAAGGCAGGCAACAUGUUAAGCGAGAGGUGCAGAGGUGGCCUCCAAUCACUGAGGAGGAACAAUUGUUCUGACACGAAUCCUAUAUAGAGGUCUGUGAGAAUAUUCAAAUGUGGACCCAGUUCUAGUUUAUCUACUGCCAGUGUUAAGUACAUAUUUUAUCACAUGAAAAUCAUUGUUAUUACAAGAAACCAUGUAGUAAAAUGCUUAGUUUAUAAAACAGACUGUCACUGUACCACUAUUUUUGGAAGCUGCUCUUUACGCUUUUGAUAUUAAAUACAUGUUUGAUGCCUUCAGGGCUGCAAAAUCAGCUCUCUUCUUUUUAUAUAUGUGUGUUGUGGUUAAAAUCAUGUACACAACAGCUCCAAUAAAAACAUAUCCAAAUGUA